AUAUAAGUCGGUAUGUUCAUCCAAUAUGCAUCAGUUAAUCAUUUCUUGUUCCAUACAUUAAACAAUGGCAUUCAAACUUGUUAUCUUCGCUUCCUUCUUAGCCUACACUAAUGCAGGCCUACUGGGUGCACCUGCCGUAGCAACUUAUUCUGCUGCACCUGCAGUUAGUUCUGCCUACAUCCACUCAGCUCCCUUGGAAAUUGCUAAGCCUGUCGUAUCAGCAUACGCGGCUGCACCAGUAGCAAUCCAUGCCCCUGCAUAUGGAUCCAGUCAUCAAAGCGUAGAACGAUCUCUUGGAGGAGCCCAAUCUAUCUCUCACUACUCCAAAGCCAUCGACAGCGCUUUCUCCAGCGUAAGAAAAUAUGACACUAGAAUCACCAAUGAUGCUUUGACUUUGGGUGUUGCAGCCCAUGCUCCCGUAGCUGCAUAUGCCGCUGCCCCCGUUGCCAAAGCCUUAGCUCCAACUAUUGCUUACUCAGCUGCUCCCUCUGUAAGCACAUCAUACAUCCAACAUGCCCAACCCGUCAUUGCUAAAGCUGUUGCACCUGUAGCUGUUGCCGCUCCGGAACAUCUUGCUUAUGCCGCUCCAGCUCCCGUAGCCUAUGCUGCCCACAGUCCAAUUGUUGCUAAAGCUGUCCACGCUCCAGUGUUCCAGUCUUAUGCUGCACCUCUUUUGACCAAAACAAUUGCCCCAGUUGCUGCCCCCCUAACCGUCUCAGCUGGACCUGUUGUCGCUAAGGCCGCGAUUGGUUACUCUCCUGCCACAGUUGUAGCCCACACUACAUUUACCGGCCUAGGAACUGCUUAUGAAUGGUAGACUGAUUUUUGCAAAAGCUAUGUUUUUGUAUAUAAAAAAGGUUAUUUAUUGAACUUUGAAUAAAAGGUAUUGUUUCUGUA